CCCAUAAACCCUAGCCACCCGCACCACAAACCCUUCCAAAACCCUCCACACUCUUGCUUCACCCUGCAAAUAUCAGUAGAGAGAGAAAAUGCCGCUGGGAGAGAGGGCAGGGGACAAGAGCGAGUCUCGAUACUGUGGAGUGGAGACAGAAUUUAACGAUGACAUGCCUCACCUUCUCUCCUUCAACAUUCAUGGCGGUUUUGAUUUUCUUGUCGCCCCUUUGAUUGAUCCCUCCUAUAGACCUAGCUUAAUGGACCAAGAUAGUGGCGGAUCAGGUGCCUUGCCAUUUGCUGGGUCAGACUUGGUUCUGAGCCCUUCACAAUGGAGCAGUCAUGUUGUUGGCAAAAUUAGCUCAUGGAUUGACUUGGAUUCUGAAGAUGAGACACUCCGUAUGGAUUCUGAAAUUGCUUUGAAGCAAGAAAUAGCUUGGGCCUCUCAUCUAUCUUUGCAGGCCUGUCUUCUUCCAACACCAAAGGGAUCUUCCUGUGCUAAUUAUGCUAGAUGUGUUAAUCAAAUUCUGCAGAACCUAAACAGUAUGCAGUUGUGGCUUAGGAUCCCACUGGUGAAGUCAGAUGAUGAGACCAGGAACCCUGAUCAUAUGGGUGAAGGACAGACUGAUACAUGGGAAUUAUGGAAUUCAUUUCGCCUUCUUUGUGAACAUCAUAGCCAGUUGUCAGUUGCACUCGAUAUACUGUCCACAUUACCUUCACCUACUUCACUUGGCCGGUGGUUUGGGGAGCCUGUCAGAACAGCCAUAAUCGACACCAAUACUUUUUUAACCAACGCACGACAUUAUCCUUGUCUAUCAAGGAGUCACCAGGGACUAACAACUGCAUUUUUCAAUCACUCAAUUCAGAUAGUGAUUUCUGGGGAACCAGUUCAUAAUCCUCCCAUGGCGAGGAGUUUGGAGUCAAGCGGUAGUGCUGAUAAUAAUAAUGAAGGUGGUUGGAGACAUCCCUUGAAGUCAUACUUGGAUUAUCUUGCUUACCUCUAUCAAAAGAUGGAUCCCCUUCCUGAACAAGAACGCUUUGAGCUCGGAUACAGAGAUUACUUACAAUCACCCUUGCAGCCUCUUAUGGAUAAUCUAGAAGCCCAAACAUACGAAACAUUUGAAAAGGACACAGCUAAAUAUAUCCAGUAUCAGAGAGCAGUCUCUAAAGCAUUGCUGGACAGGGUUCCUGAUGAUCAAGCAUCUACAGUUAUAACUGUAUUGAUGGUUGUUGGUGCUGGACGAGGACCUCUUGUUAGAGCUUCACUGCAGGCAGCUGAAGAAACUGGACGCAAAAUAAAAGUUUUUGCUGUAGAAAAAAAUCCAAAUGCAAUCGUAACACUUCAUAGUUUGGUGAAGCUAGAAGGCUGGGAAAAGCUUGUUGCCAUAGUUUCUAGUGACAUGCGUCAAUGGAAUGCUCCUGAGAAAGCUGACAUAUUGGUCAGCGAAUUGCUGGGUUCUUUCGGUGAUAAUGAGCUCUCACCUGAGUGUCUUGAUGGAGCUCAGAGGUUUUUGAAGGAAGAUGGAAUCUCAAUUCCAUCAUCGUAUACGAGUUUCAUUCAACCUGUGACUGCUUCAAAAUUAUACAAUGAUAUCAAGUCACAUAAAGAUCUUGUGCACUUUGAAACGGCUUAUGUUGCUAAGCUGCACCGUAUUGCAAGGCUUGCUCCAACUCAAUGUGUCUUUACAUUUAUUCAUCCAGAGCAUUCUACUAAGAACAGCAAUCAACGAUAUAAGAAGCUUCUGUUCGAUAUAUCUCCCGAUACUGGGUCAGCCAUUGUUCAUGGAUUUGCUGGCUAUUUUGAUGCAACACUUUACAAAGAUGUCCAUCUUGGUAUCGAACCAUCAACGUCAACACCAAACAUGUUCAGCUGGUUUCCAAUUUUUUUCCCAUUGAGGACGCCAGUAUGUGUGAAACCGAAUACUCCGUUGGAGGUCCAUUUUUGGCGUUGUUGUGGUUCUAUCAAGGUUUGGUACGAAUGGUGUGUGACAUCUCCAAGUGCAUCUCCUAUGCACAACUCCAAUGGUCGCUCACACUGGGUCGGCCUCUAGGGUUUUUGUGGCAAAAUGUGUGUCAAGAAAAUCCAUUCCUGUAAGCUGGAGCGAGAUGACCCAAACUCUGUUGUAUACUAGUUGAACUAAGAGUAGAAUUUUGAAUGAAAUUCUGUAUGUCCGUCGA